AUGAACACUCGCGCAGCUCGGAACCUCCCAAACGGCUGGAAGAGGCCUGCGCACCCGCCGCGCAUCCCCGCCUCCUACCCGGCCCUUCUCCCGCUUCUCCACCUCUCCCCCGUCGCGCUCAACACCGCCCUCCGUGCACCCAUCCUCUUCAGGCAUGUUUCACGCGGCCGCAACCCCCACCGCCAAGCCGCCCAACUCGGCGAUGCCUACCUCCGCGUCCUCCUCCUCGAGCUGGGCGCCGAGAUGAACCUCCCCGUGGUGGCGUGUAACCAUCUCGUCAGCCUCGUCGGCGCCAAUACCACCCUCGCACAGAUCACGCUCGAGAGCGGCGUGCUCGACGUUGCCCUUCAGCGCAGCUCGUACUCGUACGCGACGGUGAACGCUGCCGCGGGGAUAUUCGAGGCGCUCAUUGCUGUGAUGCACGAGGAGAUUGGCGCCCGCGCUACCGGCAUCCUCAGGAAGGUCCUCAUGCCCUGGAUUGCUGCUGUAAUCGACGCCAAGGUCGUGCCCGCUGUUCGGCAGCACGAGGGUCGGGAGGCGGCGAACGCCAUCUCGACUCAGAUGCAGCGCAUGUUGCGCGAGAGCCUCCUCCCAUAA